ACCCCCUUCCUUCUUCUCCAAUGGCUUCAGGUUUAUCCGUGAAGGUCGAAUGAGCAUUGCGUAAACACGUCUGCCAUGGCCGUCUGCUUCACUCAUCAUCUUCAACCUCGCCUCAUUUUCUCUUUUCAUCAUCAACGAUUCUCCAUUAACAACAACCCCAAGCUUUUUCACUUCAAUCUAACCUCUAAUAAUCGUUAUUCUUCUCUAUCGGAUUCUUUCCAAUGCAGGAGGUUCAAUCGCUUUUCUCGCCCUAACUUUGCCUCAAUCAAUGACUUUCCACUACAAGCGGAGAUUCAGGACGACUCGCGUAGAAGCAAUGUCGAAUUAUGGGAGAAACUGAGAAGUUUGAUUAGUUUUAUACGAGAAAUUCUUCCCGGUGGUAACUGGUGGAGAUUUCCACAACAGGCGGAGGUUAAUUCGACGGCGAAGCCUGUUACGGUUUUGCGGGCUUUACAGAGGAUGUGGGAAUUGAUUUCUCGAGAUCAAUGGGUUAUCUUUGUUGCUUUUUCUGCCCUAAUUCUUACUGCGAUCUCGGAGAUAUCUAUACCACAUUUCUUGACGGCGUCAAUUUUUUCUGCUCAAGGUGGUGAGAUCAACGUUUUCCAUCGAAAUGUCCGGCUCUUAGCAGUUCUAAGUAUUACAUCAGGAAUUUGCAGUGGAGUUCGAGGAUGCUUUUUUUCCAUUGCAAAUAUGAUUCUUGUCAAGCGAAUGAGGGAAGCUCUAUAUUCGGCUCUCCUUUCACAGGAUAUCUCAUUCUUUGAUGCCGAAACAGUUGGUGAUUUGACAAGUAGGCUUGGGGCAGAUUGUCAACAAGUCUCACGUGUGAUUGGCAAUGACCUAAAUUGGAUAUUGCGUAACGUUUUACAGGGGACAGGUGCAUUGAUUUAUUUGUUGAUUUUAUCAUGGCGUCUUGGUUUAUGUACAUUGGGGAUUUGCAUUAUUAUUUCGACCAUUAUGCUGAUCUACAGCCGGUACCAAAAGAAAGCGGCAAAGUUGACACAAGAUUUAUCUGCAUCAGCCAACGAGGUUGCACAAGAGACACUCUCUUUAAUUAGAACUGUUCGAGUUUAUGGAACUGAUAAGGAAGAAUCCCAUAGGUAUGAGAAUUGGCUGGGAAAAUUGGCUGAUGUAAGCAUGCGCCAAGGUGUUUCAUAUGGAUUAUGGAGCUCUAGCUUCAACACUCUUUAUCAUCUUACACAGGUUAUUGCUGUACUGAUAGGAGGAAUGUCUAUAAAGUCUGGUCAAAUAACAGCUGAGCAGCUGACAAAGUUCAUAUUAUAUAGUGAGUGGCUGAUCUAUUCUACAUGGUGGAUCGGCGAUAGCUUAUCGUCAUUGAUGCAGUCAGUAGGGGCAAGUGAAAAGGUCUUCCAAUUGAUGGAUCUUUCUCCCAGUCGUCAGUUUCUAGCUAAAGGAUUAAGAUUGGAAAAGCUAAUGGGACACAUUGAGUUUGUUAAUGUGUCGUUUAAGUACCCUUCAAGAGAGGUGGUACCAGUGCUAAAUAACGUCAACAUUUCAGUCCCUCCUAACCAAGUAGUUGCAAUUGUUGGUCUUAGCGGUAGUGGAAAGAGCACUCUUGUAAAUCUUCUUCUCCGUCUUUAUGAGCCAACAGGUGGUCAGAUAUUAAUUGACGGUCUCCCUCUUGAAGACUUAGACAUCACGUGGUUGAGAGAAAGAAUUGGAUAUGUGGGGCAGGAACCUCGACUUUUUCGCACGGAUGUGAGAUCGAAUAUAAAGUAUGGGUGUACACGGGAGAUAACUGAGGAGGAUGUGGAAUGGGCUGCCAAACAGGCAUAUGCUCAUGAAUUCAUCUCAGCUCUGCCAGACGGCUAUAAUACGCUUGUUGAUGACGACUUACUAAGUGGAGGCCAGAAACAACGUAUUGCCAUUGCAAGAGCUAUUCUUAGGGACCCAAACAUUUUAGUUCUUGAUGAAGCAACCAGUGCCCUUGAUGCAGAAAGCGAACAAAAUGUCAAGAGGGUGCUUCGUGCUCUCAGAAGAGACCUCAAGACGAAGAGGACUUGUGUUGUAAUUGCUCAUAGACUGUCCACAAUUCAAGCAGCAGACAACAUAGUAGUAAUGGAUGGUGGUCAAGUUGUUGAGAUGGGCAAUCACAUGGAACUUCUAUCAAGAGAUGGAGUGUAUGCCCGUUUAAUCAGAAAACAAGCAGACGCCGUGGUGCAAUAGUGAAGCUCUUACUCCUCGUUAAUAGAUUCUCCGAGAUUUAAUGCUCUUAUUGCGCCUGUCUAAUCUCUUUUUCUAAUUUUCUUUUUCAUUCAUUUGUAUGUAACUUUAAUCCAUUCAUUUUGGGGACAUACUUAUAGCUACACAUUUGAAUCUAUAGUAUGGUUAGAACAUGUAAAUUUAGAUAUUUAUACAAUUUGUGUUUUAAAAUGGUUCA